GUGCCGCUUUCAAGUUCUUGAUUUGGGGGCAAGUAGAGUCCAUUGUCGCCACCGAUUGCGGGGUAAUAGAUGCCAUGGUUUCUCGAACGGCACGUUCCACUUCCGUAGCACAAUCCACCGCUGCGCUCCUCAUAUCAAUUGAAUUUGCCAUGACAUUCCUGGAUGUACCGAACGAGAUCGUCGGAGAGAUCAUCCAAUACCUCAAACAGACAGACAUAUACUCACUUAUCCGAGUGAACCAGCGGCUUCAUUUCAAUUUUUACGAGCGUCUACUCCGCUACAAUGUACGACAUCAAAAGGGUACGGCCCUUACCUGGGCAGUUAUAAAAGGGCAUGCACGUCUUACUCGCAAGUUGAUUGAACUCGGUGCGGACGUCAAUCGCCAGAUUGAUAGUCGAAACCCUAAAUACUUUCGGCCGACGCUCCUCCACCUUGCUGCUGCGAUGCGCAAUCUUCCCAUGGUGAAGUUACUCUUCGAGAUGGGAGCCGAUCUUAAUCAAAGAGACGACAAAGGCCGAGCGCCUCACUACUGGGCUCUGGUUUCAAGAGACGAGGAGUUGAUUCAAGAGUUCUCCUGGAGGACAGAAAACCUGUCGCAUUUCGUCGUUGACGACUCACAGAACCAAACUUCUCUACAUCUUGCUGCUAGGUUCUGGCUGGCUGGUAUGAUCAGAUACUUUGUCGAAAUUGGCAUCGAUGUCAACGUCAAGGAUAAGGAGGGCAAGACGCCCUUAGAUCUUUCCAAGAGAGCUCUGUGCGAUGGAUGUUGGCGGCGAACCUCCGACGCCAAAAAUGACACUGCUGUCGAGACCAUGAGACUCCUCGUGGUUCUAGGAGAAGAUCCCGCAGCCGCAAACUGGUUCAUAGCUUGCAAUACUGUUAGACGAAGACGAUAUGAAUGCAGCUAUGGUGGUCUCGAUGACGAACCAAACAGUCACGGGGUUCGAGCUUCGACGUCCAGGUCGGACAUCGAAUACGAUACUAACACAAUCCGUCUGUCCUCCUUCACUUCCACGAAUCUCGCGUUUCCGCAGCUAGUGAGUUCCCCAAUGGUCACGGACUCUAAGCCGGAGCCUAAAAACGGCCCGUGGUCGGUUGUUGGUGUCCAAAACCUCAAGACCAGGUUAUCACCAAGAGCUGGCCAGAGGGACACAUUAAUUUCUGAACCAGAGUCACGGGAGCCAUUUCCGAGGCUGAUCGAUGGCAGCUUUGAUCAAGCGCACGAUCAAGCAGGAAAGGUAUGGAUAAGAUUCAGGGAGAAUAAAGGAGAAAAUAUGAUUGUGAACACGUCUAUGGUCACUCGUGAUGAAACGAGCGAAGGAGUUUCACGGCUCAAAGCUGCGAAAACGCAGCGUAAAAAGAAAUGGAAACCAGUGGUACUCGAGGGUUUUUAAUAUGUUGGUACAAGUAAUAAAAUGCAACGCCAUUCAAGUCAAAACAGUCGCCACCUACUCCUGUUUCUGAACCAGAUAACUGAGAACAUAUACUUUGAAUGAUACAGUACACGGGAAAGAUUGGAGAG